UCAUGCUGCUGCCAGGUCCAGAGUGUCCAUCAUGGGUCCCUGUACGGCCUCCCAUUGCUGCUGUCUCCAUCGCCACACUCUGCCAUGUGCCACUUUCAGGUCUCCUCACACUGCUGGUGUGUUCCAUUUUUUGUCAUAGGGUGCUGGCAGAUUACGGGCCUCCCAUUGCUGCUGCCAGGCCCCUAAUCUGCCAUGGGCCCCUGUACCGCCUCCUCAUGCUGCUGCCAGGUCCAGAGUCUCUCAUGGGUCCCUGUACGGCCUCCCAUUGCUGCUGUCUCCAUCGCCACACUCUGCCAUGUGCCACUUUCAGGUCUCCUCACACACUGCUGGUGUGUUCCAUUUUUUGU